CUAAAUACAUCGAUAACGGUUUUUUUCCGAAACCGAUUUCUGAACAAAUUUCUGCUCUCCGUAGAACUGGAAAAAAGAUCUUGCAUAUCUCGUAUGUAUCUCUUUGGAACCCAUUCGUGCAUUUCUUAAUCAACAUAUUGCAUACAUUCUGCCAAAUCGUCCAUAUUAAUAAUAUAUUUAACAAAACGUGUGAAUAACAAAUGGUAAUUAUCAGCUCAACUAUGACAGAAGGUUUGGCGCCAGAAUGGUUAGGUUAGAAAAACACACUCAAGGGUCCUAUACUCCACACUCAAGUCCAAGUCGCCCUUACACGUCAGCUGAUCUCAAAGUGACUACUAUAAAACGCAUUUUUCAUCAUGACAGUCACUUGAGUGUUCAGUGUCACUUGAGAGCCGUCUAUAAAUACGGCCAUCAGGUACCCCAGGACCGGUCUUGCAGGAUAGUUGUCUUCAUCUAUGGGACCGGUUAGUCAACACUCAACACGUUUCCAGCGUGGGUGCUGAUUUGCAUUUGUUGCUAGGCGUCUUUCUGACAUCAGAGAAAGUCGCUGUUUCUUGCACAUUUUUUGCUUUCUGCCACCAAUAAUUUGUUUUAACAUGUGUUUAAGACCUUAUCGUGUGCCAAUCAGUGCGAUGAAAGAUGUUCUAGACGGUAAGCUUCGGCAUUACUAAAAUUAUUUACAUAUUGAUUGCUGGAUGACGCCAACAUGGUGUCCACUUCCUAGAGAUGAAAAUUUGAGAAGAAUUUGGAUCAGGCGGGUUGGAUGUGAGCAUUUAUUGGCAAAAUUGAAAUUUUGUAGUGUAUUUAUGUGCUCUAGACGUUUCCACGAUGUGUGUUUCAACAACUCCCUACAAAAUACCUCCCAGUUUGUAGGAAUUUUUGAUAGAAUAAAAACGUGCAAGGAUACAAUAAAAACGUUCCAAGGUGCAGCUUCCAUAGAGAAUAGCUUCUAUCGAGACAGUAUACCACCUGCUAAAGGAUGUAUAACUCCCGGGAAAAAUCAAGAUGAUAUUCGUGUGGCUGUUCGGGAGUCCAACACCAUUUCGACCCAUACGAGUAUAUUGGAGUCCGUACUUAAGCCAGGAAAAGCAUAUCCUGAGAAAAGACGCUUGGUGCAAUCCAUAGCCGAACUGUGCGAUAUUCCUGGACCAUCGCAUGAAUAUGUUCAUGUCACAUCAAAUAUCGCCACAAUUCCGGGGAAGUACUAAUUGCUCCUAAAUCCAAAAAAAAAUGUUUAUUUCCAUACAUCUACACCUACUAGAAAUUGGUGAUAGCCCCGUAUGGUCACAAUGUAGAAUGACCGAGGAAACCUACCUACCACCUAUUAGAGAUGGCAGACUCCCCAUCUCUGAUGAUCUCCUCGGAGGCGCCUCCUUAGAGCCUCUACACUCUCCCGGGUCGAAUUGUCUUUCUUGAAGUGGCGACGGAUCUUUGCCUUUGUGCAUCGGGUCCCCCUACAAUACUACUUCUACUACUACUUUUUACAAAAAGUUGCCAGUUGGACUAACUUAAACAAAUAAAAAAAAUAAAACAGAUUAGUAGAUCUU